UCGGAUAAACUUUGAUAAGUUAAAGCUACCAUAACUAAUAACUCUCUAAAUUUUUAUACUCUCUUAAGUUUUUGUUAUGUACAAAAAACAUUGUGAUCGAGGUGCCACGAGAUACUUUAUAUACCAUUGAAUAUAAAAUUUCAUAAGAGGGAACUUUAGUUACAGUUUGUGACUUUUGAAUAGUCAGAGUGAAAUGGAUGUGUGUUUUGGCUAUUUGUAUAUAAGAUCAUUAACUUUAAAAAGAAAAUUCAUUGAGAUAUGUUGCAUUUGCAAGACCAACUGUAUAUACCGCGACAUAUUUUAUGAUGUUUUAAGAUGGCCGACUUGAAUGAGAAGUUAUUAACAGAACUCCUCAAAAAACCAGAAAAUAACGUGUGUGCAGAUUGUGGGGCAAAGAAUCCAGAAUGGGCUUCUUAUAACAUAGGAAUAUUUGUAUGCACAAGAUGCGCUGGCAUACAUAGAUCAAUGGGAGCACAUAUUUCUAAAGUAAAACACUUAAAAUUAGACAGGUGGGAAGAUUCUCAAGUAAAUAGAAUUAGAGAAGUUGGUAAUGUGGUUGCUAGACUUCAUUAUGAAGAACGUGUACCACCAUGUUAUCGUAGACCAAGUCCGGAUGCACCGCAAGUAUUAGUGGAACAAUGGAUAAGAGCAAAAUAUGAGAGGGAAGAAUUUUGUCAUCCAGAAAGACAGAAUCAUUAUGUAUCAGGGUUCAUGGAGGGAUUUCUUAUGAAACGAGGUAAAGAAGAUUCACGAUAUCAUCCUCGAAAAUUUGUGCUUUGCGAAGCAGAAGAUACAUUAAAAUAUCAUGUUAAAGAAAAUAAGGAACCCAAAGCUGUUCUUAGAAUAUCAGAGUUAAAUGUAGCUUUUGCUCCACCUAAAACUGGUAAUCAAAAUAGUUUACAAAUUUCGUUCAUGAAGGAUGGUACAACAAGACAUAUUUAUGUAUACCAUGAAGAUCCAGAAGUAAUCACAAAUUGGUAUUUAGCAAUACGAUGUGCAAAACUGCAUCGUUUAAAGGUGGCCUAUCCUGGAGCAACUGAAGCAGAGUUACUUUCACAACUUACCAGAGAUUUUUCCCGUGAGGGAUUUUUGUGGAAAACUGGGCCUAGGCAUACAGAUGCCUAUAAGAAAAGAUGGUUUACAUUAGAUGGCCGUAAACUUAUGUAUCAUGAUGAUCCAAUGGAUGCACAUCCAAAAGGGGAAAUAUUCUUGGGUCAUUCUUCAGAUGGUUUUGCUAUAAAAACAGGAGUACCACCAGGUGCAAGAGAUCAAGGAUUCUCAUUUACUCUUGAAACACCAGACAGAACCUAUCUACUUUCUGCUCAAAGUGACGAUGAUAGAACACAGUGGAUAAAUGUGAUACAAAAGGUCAUAGAAAAGCCGCUUACCCCACAAGAUGCAACUGUAGCAGCACGUCUUAUAAGAAAACGCACAGCAAGUGGAACAAUGAAUAUAUUUUCUUCUACAAGGUAGGGCUGGAUCCCUCUUAGGUGCCUUUCUUAAUUGUUAAAAGUUAACAUUACCUAAACAAAUGAAUUGGGCUGUAUCAGGAGAUUAUCAAGCAAGUAGAUUACUCGACGUGCAUGAUGAAUGGGUAACGUGUUAUAAUCGCAAAACAGCGAAGUGUGUGAGCACGCACACACGCUGGCACGCACGCACGCACGCACACAUACACACAAACACACACAGAUAGGAAACACGCAAAUAUACGUAUAUAUUUAUUCGUAACCAUUAGACUGCGGAUAUGUAUGCAAUCUUACAUUUUCGUAGAUCAAUUUAUGAAAAUAAAAACGACGGAAAAUUUGAUUUCUUUCAUUACAAGCUUCGUUAUGUUACACGUUAAAUAUUAAAUGGAAAUUGUAUUCAAUACUAUAAUGAUUGAAAAUUUAUUAUAUUAUUGUAUAUGAAUGUAAGCUAUAAAUGUAUACGAAUCCGCAGUUUAGUAAUCAUGCACGUUAUAUCAUACACCUUAUGCAUAUAUAAAGUAUUAUAAAAACAUCUUUAAAAUUAAAUUGAAUUUUAGAAAAUAAUUGAGACUAUUCGCGUAUAAAUAUGAUUAUGUUGUAUUUACAAACGAACAUUAUACUGAGGUAUGAACAUUUGUGUUAAUUCAUGUCAAAAGAUCAGAUUUGCUUUAUUAUAUUAUGAAGUAUUGAACAUAUGUAUAUAUGCAUAAGACCAAAGAAAAUGGAUUGUAAAAAAACUAUGAUACGCUCUUCAAUGAUACUUUUACCGCGUAAUGCUUAUUGCUUGCUGUCGAAUCAAGCUAUCAGUAUUAUAGCACUAUAUCAAACAAAUUUUUACUUAACAAUAAUACUGUCUAUGAUAUUUAUUAGUUGAUAAUUGGAAAUUUACAAUUUUGUAGAACGUAUAAUAAUUUUGCUUUGAAAUUUUUGAGUACACAUUGUAUAAUAUAAUAUACGAAAGGAUCGACGAAAUUAAGUUCAAAUAUUAAUUUGUAGUUUUCUUUUACUUUCAUUGUGCUCACUUAUCAUUUUUCUGUAUAGAGAUAAUAAAUUUUUAAGGCCUAGUAGUUGAUUUUUCUAUAAGAACGCGAAAGAAAUAGAAAGUCCAUUCAAUCGAAGUCGAAUUCAAUUAUAAAUGUUGUGUUGUUGUAGAUAUGCGUAUAUUAUGGGUUUAAUCCAUUCUAGCUUUUAUAUGGACAAUAUUCACGUCUUGUACUUCGUGUGUAUAUAUAUAUACACAUAUUCUUAUUUCCUUUGAUAAGAGGUACAUUUAUUAUAAAAGUAAUGUAGAUGUAUAAUAAUAAUUCAAUUCUUCUGCAAUAUAAAAUAUCAAAAAGACUGUAUUAAAUGAAGAGACUUAUACACUUUACAUAUAUGUGCAUUACGAAUAUAUUCAUACGUAUUAUCGUAUACUUGCGCGUACAUAUAUACACACUGGACAAAUAAAAGUAUCUUGACUGUUUCAAAGAUGAAAGUCAAUAUUUUAAAAAAGAACGGUUAUUCAUCGAUAGUAUGUUUAAAAAACAAUAAUGGCAAAUGAAUUUUUCCACUAGAUCUUUUAUUUUUAACUCGAAUUGAAUGAUAUUCAUUGUUUAAACUUUAACGUAACACGCAACAUUGUAGAGAAUUGUUUAACGUACACGUGUAAACAUCCGUGGAAAAUUUUAUUGUAUCUCAUCGUAUGUAAUAACGAACAGUUUAAAUACAGUAGAAUCUCAUAUACAGUGUUCGAAUUAAUAGUAAGACAUGAUACAUGAUAACAUUUUUGGAUAAUAAAAAAGUGGUCGUUCUUUUUAAUGAUUAUCGUAUAUUAAAAAAAAAUAA